AUGCUGGCGAAUGAAACCGAUUGUCAGCAGAUGGCACAAGUUGCCACGUCAUCGUUUUUGAGUCCGUGGGAGAGUGGAUGUGAGAUACUUCCAUCAAGAAGUAGAUGCGACCUUCGGAUUGCCUAUAAACUUUCUGCGUUCGUUGUAGAAGUCAGUCCUUUCAUUCUGACAGCUGAGAGGUUUAUGGCAACAUUCCGAGCUCGUCACUAUGAGAAUCGGUACAAAUGGUUUGGAAUAUUCCUGAAUACUAUUCACAUUUCUCUUGCAUUUUUAUUCCUUUGGAUCCAAAAAUCUGAAAACACUGGAGGCGUCGUCGUCUACUACUGUUGGUUGUCAUCCACCGGAAAUCGAUAUGCUCUCAAUAUACCUAUCUUCUUUAUUGUUUUCAGUCAACUGAUUACUAUUCCAGCAUUACUUUAUCUUCUGAAGAAAAACGAGAGAUACCGUGAAACUUCUCUCAACAAACGUUCAACUCUGACACAGAGAUACCAGAUAUUCGAGAAUUUAAGAACACUAAAUAUGUUUCGAAUAAUGAGUAUCAUCACUUGGAUGUAUGUCACUUAUAAUGCUUUAGCAUCUUUUAUUAUUCACUUUUUUUUGAAAUCAAUGCCGAUGGAGAGCCAGUUUGCAAGCAUAGAAAUUGUUCAUUGUCUCCCUGUAUAUUUUCUGAUUCUCACUGCAUUUAUUCUCCGUGAAGAUCGGAAACCAAGAAGUCGAUUCGUUAUCAAAGUCACCCAUUACGAGCCGCAGUAUUUUAAUGAUUUGCAGAAGUUUUUCGAUGAGGCCUUCGAGAAGGUCUCAACUAGUAUCGAUAGAAUACGCACUACUAAUUGA